AUGAACGUGCGAAUACUGCGUGUGGCUCAGAACACCUGGGAGGUCCUGCAGCAUGAGAGGGUGGUCAAGUAUGCCAGGCCUGUGGAUGAGGGAGUUGGUGAUGUGUUUGUUUUUUUCCUUCUUCCAGACAUCCUUCUCUUCCCUGAUGAAAAGAAGAGGACCUUUGAGCUGCCCCCAUCAAAGAACGACCAGAGGCGGUAUUCUUUUAGCCUGCUUGCCACACUACAAUCUAUUGGUGAGCAACACAAGUUCCUUGAAGAUGGAAUCCAUGGGGAACAGGUGGUCAGAAAAGACUUCCAAGGCCUGCAUGCAGAGGUGAAGGCCGGAUGCACACAACUCGGGUACUUAGAAAUGGAGUUAAGACAACAGCUGCUAAUGGACAUUGGGAGGAUUAUACUUGACCAGCCCAGCAUGGAAGCCCUGGAGGCCUCACUGGGACAGGUCCUGUGCCAUGGUGGACAGGUAGAACCUCUGGAUGGCCCAGCAGGUAGCAUCCUCGAGUGUCUGAUGCUUUCCUCUGGAGAACUGGUCCUGGAACUUGCUGCGCCAAUCUUCUACCUGUUGGGAGCACUGACUGUGCUGAGUGAAACCCAGCAACAGCUGCUGGCUACUGUCUUGGAGUGA